AUGAUGGAGGAAUUACUGCAAAAAUCUCAAUCUGAAAGAGCUGAGCUUCAAGAGAGGGUGGCUAGUCUUGGCAAGGAGAUGGAAUCUUUGCAAGGAAAGCAUCAAGAUGAGCUGAAAUUAGUUCGAUCAGAGCUAGCAAGUCAGGCUAGCGGAUCUUCUGAUAUCUCACAGCAAAUGAAAGAUGAAUUUGCCGAUGCGAUGGAGAAAGUGAGAACAACAACAGAGCAGAAAAAUAUGCUUAGUAAAGAGAUGGAGCAAUUGAAAAAUGAAAUGGCUGAACUGCAGAGAGAGGUAACUUCCCUUCGAUUAAAUGAAGCAACCGCGAAUGUGCUAGUCUCUGAAGCGAAACAGAAAAUUGACAUCUACAAUGAACUUGAGCAAGACUGGCAGAAGAAACAGCUUCGAAUGAGUGAGAGAAUCGAAGAAUUGAGCAUCGAGUUGGAACAAGCGAAAUCGCGAACUGAAAGUGAAGAAAUUGACGCGUUGAGGAGAGAGGUUUGUGUCUCUAUUUGUUAG